AACCUUGACAAACUUAAGAAUGUCUGCUUUUCAGCAAAAAAAUGUAUAUUUAGGUCCAUUAUUUAAUUUUUGUGGAGAGUGAGAGGAUAUUCUUACUCAUUAUCAUGUGUAAAAAUAUGUGGUAACUCAUAGAUUUACAUAUUGUCGCUUUAAGUAUCGUAUAAGCUUAUGGGAUUUAUGGCAAUUUGCGUAAUGGACCGCUAGAAGACAUGUGUGGCUGGUGAAGAUUUUUAAUAUAAGUAUAAUGCAUGCUGCGUAUAGCAUGAGGCUCCUACAAGCCACAAGCCCUAUCAGGAGCCAUCAUAGGUCCAUUCAUUCAGCAUUCAAUCGCGGUAUAGCAGUCCUUUUCAAUCCAAGGAACUUGCUAGUGACCAACAGCUUAACGUCAGGAUUAUUUAUGUUUUUGGGCGACUUGGCACAGCAAGAGUUUGAAUAUCGGUCUAAACAACUUAAAAAACGCUAUGAUUGGGCAAGAUCAGCAAGAAUGUUAACUGUAGGAAUGCUUAUGGGUCCAUUCCACCACUACUAUUAUGUAUAUUUAGACAAAGUACUACCUAGAGCUGACAUUAAGACAGUUUUAAAAAAAAUAGCUUGUGAUCAACUGUUUGCUUCACCUGCAACUAUUUUAUUUUUCUUUAUCGGAAUGGGCCUCCUAGAAAAAAAAAACACUGAACAAACAAAGGACGAGAUUGCAUACAAGUUCAAGUACACAUACAUAGGUGACUGCUUAUUUUGGCCACCAGUACAGUUCAUCAACUUUUAUUUCUUACCAACAAAAUACAGGGUAUUUUACAUAAAUGGCGCAACAAUGUUAUUUAACGUAUUUUUAUCUUAUAUAAAACAUUUUGAUCAACAUUGAUGAAUCAAUUACUUCGGUAUAAACAGCAACACCCCUAACUGUACAUUGGUGGACCUUCUUACAAAAGGCAUAAGGGCCACCAAUGAACAAUUAACAGUGUGUGUGAUGGUACAACUAGUUCUGUGAA